AUGGUUCUGACUGCUGAAUAUCAACAUAGUUGUCAACAAGAAGCAUUGCGUAAAGCUGAAGAAGAACGACAUCAUCAUUUUGAACAGUUAAUCAGAGAAGAAGCAGAAUAUCAGAGGCGUGAAUAUGGCAACGAUGUUAUUCGAAUGUUACAAGGUAUAACAUCAGCAUCACCACGUUUUAUUGCACAGUGCCGUAUGAAUAGUCCACUAGAAGCCAAUGAUGACUUAAUGUUUGAGAACUGUCCUAUUUGUAUCAGUGAUUUUCAAAUAAACCGUUACUAUGCUCGAUGGCCUUGUAAAGCCGAACAUAUAUUUCAUUUCAAUUGUAUGCUGGGCGUACUAAGAACAGGAAACAAGUGUCCAUUAUGUCGGCAUCCUGUUGAGCCAGCAGAUUUACCAAAUAUGGACUUUAUUUUUCGGCUCAUGGUACGAAGAGGUUUGGGUAGUGUAUACGACUGAGUGGCAGUGUACUUUCGAUGAUUUUAUCUUUCUGUUUGUGAAUCGUUUUUUCUUAUACAAUAAAAUUAUUGAAUUCAUUUAUUCUCGAUGACAAGUAUUUUUAUGGUAAGAACAGCGAAAGGCUCUGAUGUUUUAUACAAAUCCUGCUUUGAAAUAAAUGUUGUCUUGUGGAAUAAUUGGGUGUGGGUGUAGGUGUCACGCUCACACCCACACCCGGCUCACUCUAUAAAAUCUUUAUAUUGUUUUUGUAUCUGGAUGUUGAUCUAUACAACAACAAACUAAUGUAGUGUCGAUGAGUAAUUCUCUUUUUCAAACAAAAAACAAUUUAUUGCGCAUGCGAAAAAAAAGAAAAGAAAAAAAUGCUUGUGACUCUUUCAUCGCAAUUCAAUAGAUGCUUGCCUUUGAGAUUUUUUUGAUGACAAACUUGUUUCUCAGCAAAGGGAGAACACAAAGGUGAGUGGAAGGCAAAUUAUUUUUGGUUCUAUUUCAUGUUUGUGUGUUCACUAGACUGGACAUCUUUUGAAAAUAUGUUCGAGACUGUAAUUUCAGGCAUUGAAGACUCUCUUGAGGGUGUUACCUAAAUAUUAUAUUUGCAGCCCCCUAUUCUAAAAAAAAUAAUUGUCUAAUACACUAGCAACAUUUUGCCUUAGUGUAAAAAAAUCAUAUGCGAAGAAAAGCUCAUGGAUUCUCAUUUGAAACAGCGAUAACAGAGUUGGGGUGUGGGUGUGGGUGUGGGUCAGGGCUGCCAAAUUUCCUCAUUUAGCCAGGAGACUCCUGGUUUUUAGACUUUUCUCCUGGUAAAAAAAUCUCCUGCAUUCAGGAGCUGGUUUUUUAAAGAAUUUUGUCACGUUUAAUUGUAGUGGUAUUUUGAAUCAAUAAAAUAAAGAAAAAGAGAACUAUCACACUAUUUCAUAGAUGCAAUAGACAAUGAGAAAACAUGUCGUUUAUGCUUGUUAUGCCUGAUAACAUGCGUUUAUUUGUGAGCUUAUCUUCUUGACGGUUAAAAUGUACCUCAUUUACAAAAACUAGUUUAGUUCGCUUUUUCUAGAUCAACCUAGAAUGUUAUUUGUGAAUUGACCUUCAGCCACAUGAAAUUUUUGUGGGCUGAUAACAGAAACGAUUUGAAGUGCAAUCUUAUUGGUGCAUAAUUAGGAACUAAAUGAAUAAUCGUCUCAGUUGUACAAAGUUCUAUAAUUAUCUUUUAAAUAAUUCAGACCUACUGAAACAAAUUCAGUCUUCAGAAAAAUAUGACCAUGUUCAUAGGUGCCGAAAUGUUUUGGAUCUAGGGUAGGCUCAACAAUUUUUUACAGGAUUCGCACCAGAAAAUUAAAAAUAUGGCCUAAGCCAAUUUUUUUGAUGCCAUCUUGAUGAAACAAAGUUAGUGUUUCUCAUUUCGAACUCGCAUUUUGUAAUGUAUGACGCUGAUAGAGAUAAGAAAAGCAUUUGCAACUUAUCAGUCAAAAAACGCGCAUUUAAGAAAACAUGUUGAUGAUUAUCUUCAUUGACUUUCAACUCUCACAAGAAUUGUUUUCCAUCUGCUGUGCUAAAAAAUAAAAUAAUGUCCAAGCAGCAGUGUUCACAAAAACGACAUUGCAUUAUCAAUGUUUUUACUGUGUUGAAAAGAUUUUGUUCUACGAGAAUAUUUUUCUAUACUCGUCGUUUUCUCGCUCCAUUUCUUAUGACAAUGGGAACUCCAUUAAGUAUUGGCGUUACCGCAUUUUUUCUCGUAUUUUCAUACAUAUUCAGAUACAUGUAUGUAACAGCUUUUUAUUUUUACGUAACUAACCUACUGAAGCUCCAAUCAUAAUUAUAUUUUUAAUUUGAAGUCGUGUCACGGUUAUCUUAAAAUCUGAAAAUAAAACAAGAAUAUAAAUUCUUGAAGUCUUACGAUCAGAAGGGUUGGUGUGGGUGUGGGUGGGUGUGGGUGUGGGUGUGGGUGUGGAUGUGGGUGUGGAUGCGGAUGUGGGUGUGGGUGUGAGUGUGGGUGUGAGUGCAGGUUGGUUGUUAAUCUUCUUUAAUCAGCACCCACACCCACACCCUUACAUGGACGGGAUUUGCUGUGAAGUCAUCAAGCUCUCUUUUGGUUUCUGUGCUGUAGAUUUCAACUCGUUUUAUUUGGCUUGUCUAUUCAUAUGUGUAUAAUUGCUAUUGCGUUAUCUUUUUCCGAAGAAUGAAAGAAGACACCAACAAGUCACAUAUCAAUGUGAAUGAAU